AUGAACCAUCUUCCGCAAGCCUGGGGUCGGCCCAGAGACGAUGUGUAUGGCCCCUAUGACAGUUCAUAUCUACAAAACAAUGGUCCAAAUCAACAUACCCAACAACCUAUCGUCACCGGCACCUCGGUAAUAGCUCUCAAAUUCAAGGAUGGUGUUGUGAUUGCAGCAGAUAAUCUAGCUUCAUAUGGAUCCCUUGCGCGCUUCACGAAUGUCAAGCGUCUUCGGAAGUUUGCUGACACCUCCGUUGUUGGAUUUGGCGGCGAUGUAUCGGAUAUGCAAUACCUAGACCGACUUCUCAACUCACUUGACAUUGACGAAGCAUACAGCUCAGCUGGCGACACACUCAAUGCCCACAACCUUCACACAUACCUAUCCAAAGUUCUCUACAAGCGCCGAUCCGACUUCAACCCGUUGUGGAAUCAGUUAUUAGUUGCGGGGUUAGAUGGCGAGGACAUGCCGUUCCUAGCAAGCGCAGACUUGCUCGGUACGACAUUCAGUUCCCCCAGUUUGGCCACUGGUUUUGGCGCACACUUGGCACAGCCAAUCUUGAGGAAAGUUGCGCCAGAUGAGGAGACUGCUGCAAAGCUGUCAAAGGAGGACGCCGUGCAGUCGGUGAAGGAGUGUAUGAAGGUGCUGUUCUACAGGGAUGCAAGAAGUUUGGACAAGUACUCUAUCGCAGUGAUCACCAAGGAAGGUAUUGAUCUGAAGGAGGAUGAGAAGUUGGAGCAGCAGAGCUGGGCAUUUGCGGACAAAAUCCGGGGUUAUGGAACCCAAGUCAACUGA